ACUAAAAAGGGAGUUUGAAAUUACUGUUGCUAAAGUUUACAAGUGAGUGAGAAAUUUUUGUCCGUCCUGGCGAUUUUCCGAUGAUUGAACGGUCCAGGGAUCGGAGACAUUUUCCGGCGAGCAAGUUGAAGCAAACAUCUCUUCUUCCUUCGAUAAAUGGAGGAGGUGUAUCUAGUAGAGCAUUGGAAGAGCUUCGAGGAGCUCUUUACAGCGAGCUUAAAACUUCAGAAGGCGCUAAACGUCAACAACAACGGUUUUGCGGUCCAGUUGUUGCUAUGACCUUUAAUUUCAUGGUUGCUGUUGGAAUCAUCAUGGCUAACAAAUUAGUUAUGAGCAAAGUUGGAUUUAAUUUCCCGAUCUUUCUAACACUAAUUCACUAUACCUCAGCUUAUAUUCUACUCGCCAUUUUUAAGGCGUUUUCUUUUCUUCCUGCCUCACCUCCUUCCAAAUCUACCCCUUUUUCUUCCCUCUUUGCUUUGGGCGCAGUCAUGGCUUUUGCCUCUGGCCUUGCAAAUGCAAGUCUUAAACAUAACAGCGUCGGUUUCUAUCAAAUGUCCAAGAUUGCAGUCACUCCCACUAUUGUCUUUGCAGAGUUCAUUCUUUUCAGAAAAUCUAUUUCCUUUCAUAAGAUUAUUGCUCUGAUUUUGCUAUCGAUAGGAGUAGCAGUUGCAACUGUGACAGACUUAGAAUUCAAUAUAUUUGGUGCUUGUAUAGCUUUUGCUUGGAUAGUUCCUAGUGCUGUAAAUAAGAUUCUUUGGUCUAGUCUUCAACAACAGGGCAACUGGACUGCUCUCGCGUUGAUGUGGAAGACUACACCUAUCACGAUCUUCUUCUUGGUUGCGUUAAUGCCUUGGUUGGAUCCACCAGGUGUAUUAUCGUUUAAAUGGGAUUUAAACAACUCAACUGCGAUUAUCAUAUCGGCUCUCCUUGGUUUCCUUUUACAGUGGUCUGGUGCAUUGGCUCUUGGGGCUACUUCAGCUACUUCUCAUGUGGUAUUAGGACAAUUCAAAACUUGUGUGAUUCUACUAGGUGGAUAUUGUAUUUUCGAUUCGGACCCUGGAGUAGUGAGCAUUUGCGGGGCAGUUACAGCACUUUGUGGGACAUCGAUUUACACGUCUCUAAAUAUGAAAGAGCCUCGGGAUAAAAGCGACAGUUCGUCGUCUUCUUCAAAACCGAAGAGCACUGAUGAAAGUGAAGAAACUGCAGAUGUAAAUCAUACUAUAAAUGCUGUCUAGUAGGAAAUACACAAUUUUUUUACCCUUUCUUUCUGUCUUCAAUGUGAUUAACAAUACUAUUAUUAUUAUUAUUAACUUCACCAGUUAUUGUGAAUUUGUGAU